AUCUCGAGACUCCAUAAAUCAACGGUCCCGUUUGCUCGCUCAGCAGCACAUCACUCUCAUCUCUCUCUCUCUCUACAAUACAUACAGUCUUAGUCUCUCUCUCUCUCUACAAUAAAAUACGUACAGUCUCAGUCGUGAUGGCUCUACAAGUGUGCAUUUCAGCUCCAAGGACCUCGAUACCGCACAAUUCUGUGUCACCGCCGAUUCUCGCCGCCGCGAAGCAGUGUCGCCGCGCUGUAUGUGCGGAUUACCCGCAGCUGAGUGCGAAGAGGGAAAGACGGCUGAGGACGAAGGUCAGCUCGGACUCAGCAGCGGCGGCGGCGGGCCAAGUGACGGAGGUGAAUAAGGAUACAUUUUGGCCGAUUGUGAAAGCCGCCGGCGCUAAGAUUGUCGUCCUCGAUAUGUACACUCAGUGGUGCGGCCCGUGCAAGGUGAUGGCUCCAAAGUUUCAAGAAUUGUCUGAAAAGCAUGAGGACAUUGUGUUCCUUAAACUAGACUGCAACCAAGAAAACAAGCCAUUGGCAAAGGAGCUUGGGAUUAAGGUUGUUCCCACAUUCAAAAUAUUGAAGGAUGAAAAGGUGAUUAAAGAAGUUACAGGAGCUAAAUUUGAUGAUUUAGUUCAUGCAAUUGAGGCAGCUAGAUCUACCUAAUAAUUAAGCAGUAAAUAACCAUUCAUUUUUCUAUUAUUUUAGGAGCUAUUCCUAUUGAUGCAAUGAAAUUAUUUCUAGUUAAAUCAUUUGGCUUGUUGAUUUGGAAUGAAAUGCACGUAAAUGUCCCAUCCACAAUUCUUGAUUUUAUUUGAAUAAUUGUAGUUA